UUAGUGUGACUCUGAUUGACUGUUUAUUUCGUAAAGCUUUUCAACAAUUUGUUUAUUGAUUAAAAACAAGGAACAUAUAAACACCUAUAAUGUGCGCAACCGAUUUGCAAACGUAUUUGCGUGUGUAAACUGCAAUACAUAUGUGUUUGUGGCUAUAAUUAUGGCCAACAAUAAGCCACAAUAGUGUUUUGAAGUAACAACAUAGUGCUUAUCGGAUAGCAGCGUCAACUGAAAAUCCAUUCAAACAACACGUCAGCUGAAAGAAUAAAGAUCAUGGACAUUGAUCCAGCAUCUUUGGACAUGGAGUUUAUCUCCAGCGCAAUGGAUAUGUGGAAGGAGGAGGAGGAUGCGCUUAACAUAAUCAAGGAGAUGAUACCCUCCGAUAUGCUUAAUAACUUUUUAAAUGAAAUGGACUUGGAUCUCGGAUCGCCGCCACUGCUCGAAUGCGCAAUGGACAUGCAACAAGCGCCGCAGCAGUCACCUCCCCUGCGGGUGCAACAACAACCGCAACAACAACAACAACAGCAGCAACAGCAGCAAAAUGUUAAGAGCGAGCACUCCUCGCCUGUGCACGUCAAGGAGGAGCUGCUGUCGCAGCAGAAUAAUCUUUUCGACCCGCCCUUAUAUAAAGCUGAUCCGCUGAUUGCCUCCAAUUCGAGCUACAGUCCGCAGGCAUUGCCGCAGCUGCUGAAGCCACAGCCCACAACGACCAUACACCACAUGGACAGCAGUCAGCGAGUGCCUCUGCCGUCGCCUACGCCGGCCAUUCUGUAUGCAACGACGUCGUGCAACAAUGACUUUGUGUACCAGCUGCCAGCUGAAACCUCGUCACCGUCACCGCCGGCAGCAGCAACGGCUGCGACCAAAAAGGCGCCCCAUUAUGCCAGCAAGAAGAUGCCGGCCAUGUUGGCGACUGGAAAGCAGAGUUUUCUGCUACAAGCGCCCGCCGUCAAUCCGGCCACCACUCUGAUGUAUACCGCCAGCAAUGCAACCAUACUGACAGCUGCGCCCAUGCCUGUGCUGAUCGAGACGGUGCCAGCGGCCGCCAGUCCAAAGGCGACGCCCAAGUUAGCGCCCGUCGAGCUGGCGCCAACACCAACGCCCGCAGCAGCAGCAGCUGCAGCCCCGGCUGCCAAAAUCGCUAUUCAGCGUGUGCAGCCCAAGGUGAAGGAGGUGAAGCGCUCGGCGCACAAUGCGAUCGAGCGUCGUUAUCGCACUUCUAUAAACGACAAGAUUAUUGAGCUCAAAAAUCUCGUCGUGGGCGAUGCGGCCAAGCUGAACAAGUCGGCGGUGCUGCGCAAAUCUAUUGACAAGAUACGGGAUCUGCAGCGCCAGAACUAUGAACUCAAGUCGGAGCUGCAGCGACUGCAGCGUGAGCUGAUGGCACGCGACGGCUCCAAGGUGAAGGAUCUGCUGCAGUUGGGCAACAGCAGCAGCACUAUUGUGGGCUCCACCUCCAAGAAGCGUCGCCAGCAAUCGCUGGCCUGCGAUACGGAUGCGGGUCUGACGCCGCCACGCAGCGAUAUGUCGGAUCCAUCGUCAUCACCGCUGCAUUCGGACAUUUCGCUGCCACCAUCACCAUACGGUGGCUCCACGGCCAGCUGCAGCAGCGGCAGCAGCAAGGAAGAGCUGCUGGUGGUGCCCAGCUCCAUGCGUGGCAUGGCCACCCACUCCCGGCUGGCCCUAUGCAUGUUUAUGUUUGCUGUGCUGGCCGUAAAUCCCUUCAAGGCGCUACUGCAACGCAGUCAAUUCGGCGCCGACGAUUUUGAUGCCGACGAUCUGGGUGGCGAGCUGAGCCGUCAACGACGCAGCAUUCUGGCUUACGAUGAUAAUACGGACAACAUUGGCUGGCAGCACAGCUCGUGGCUCUGGCUAUUGAAUUUGCUUCUGAUGCUCGGCUGUCUGGUCAAACUAUUGGUAUACGGUGAUCCUCAGCUGGAUACCCAAACGGAUGCCUACUAUCAGCACAAGAAACGCGCCGAAGCGCACUUUGCCCAGGGCCAGGCUGCACAGGCCUAUACCGGUUAUCUGAACUGUCUGCACAUGUACGGCCUGAGCCUGCCGACGUCCCGUCUUGAAUGCUAUCUGCAGACCUUCUGGCAGUUUUUGCGCUUUCUCUUCCAUCGUCUCUGGCUGGGUCGUGUGCUGUCGCGUCGCGCCGGCGGACUAUUUUGCAAUUCUACGACACGCAAGCGUGCUUUAUCCUCGGCCCGGGAGCUGGCGCUGCUAUUUAAUCGCCUGAAUCAACUGCAUUUGACCGGUGACCGCAGCAGUGAUCGCAAUGGCAUCAUGCUGGCUCUAUGCGCCAGCAACAUGGCCGAGGUGGCACAGAAUUUGCUAACGCCGCGCGAGACCAUUUGCAUUCAUGUGAUGGCAGCGCUGAGGAUGAAGCGCAGUGCACCCAAAUGGCUGCAGCAGCUCUGCGCCCGCUACUACAUGAGUCGAGCACGCCAAGAAUGUGGACGCACACGUGCCGCAGAGCAAACCCAAGAGCUGCGUUGGGCGUUUACUACCUAUGGCUAUGGUUACUGCAGCGCUCAUGUGUUUGACUAUGAGCUCAACGCCGGCGAACAGGAUGGUUUCUUUACACGUUUGCGCAAUCCCUGCGAUCCGGCCGCACAUGCCAUCAAGCAAUAUCGCGAGCACUUGCUGCACAAGGCCAUUCAGUGUCUGGUAGGCGCCGGCUCACACAAACCAAACAAGUCCGCACCUAACAACAACAGCAACCAUACUGGCAGCGAGGCGGAGCAGCUGCAGCAGCAGCACAGCGGCACCAUUGUGAGCAAUGUGCUCAAGUACACCUCGCUGUUGAGGGAUACGCUGUGGGCCGACGAGGAUGAGCGUGACACCAACGUUGUCUGGUGGGCCAAUGUCCUGGAGAUUGCUGUACACUGGCUCUUGGGCGAGGACGCACUGGCGGAGAAGCUGUACGAUAGCAUCAAACAGCUACCGGCUCAACUGCAGCAGAGCAGCGACAAUGAUCAUCUGCCCAAAGCACUGCAUGCGGUGCUGCGAGCCAAGAUGAUAUUGCUCAUGAAUAAUGGCAACGCUUUGGACAAACGACUAAAGCAUUCGAUCAACCGGCUCUGCGAUGAGUCAAGUGCCCAGUUGCAGGAAUGCCUCACGGUUAAUCGCAUCACCAAUGCCAAAGGCAUCAAACUGCUUUUCCAGUUGCUGACCUGCGAUUGGUUACUGGAGACGCGCACGGCAUUGUGGGAACUGGAGCACAUGGGCAUCGAUGAUGAUGGCUACUAUCAGGUCACCGGGGAUGUGCUUGAAAAGUUCCAAACAGAUUUGAACUCAUUGCGCAGCAUUGUAGAGAAUAUACCGAACGCACAGUCGCGGAUUUAUUUGUAUGAGGCGGUUUGUCGCUUGAUGGCCGGCGCGUCACCGUGCCCAACGCAGCAGCUGCUGGACAGAAGUCUACGCUCACGCAAUGCUCACUCAUCCAUCUUUUGCGGCAGCAAGGAUCGCAAGCAUCAGAACUUUGAAGGCGGCGAGCGGGAGCGUGCGGCCGCCAUGUAUGUGGCCUGUAAGUAUCUGCCGCCUGCGCUGUUAAGUUCGCCCGGUGAACGUGCUGGCCUGCUGGCCGAGGCGGCCAAAACGCUAGAGAAAGUAGGCGACAAGCGUAAGCUGAAGGAAUGCUAUCAACUGAUGAAGUCCCUGGGCAGCGGCGGUGCCACCGUCAAGGCUUAAGCCCCGCGCGAAAUUAGUUCAAACAUUAUACUUUGUUAAGAUAAUCCACGGUGAAAGACAGCCAUUUGAAUGAGGAACGUGACUCGAACGAACAGAGAUCCAAAGCAUUGAACGCACGCAAAAACUGUUUUUACUGUACCAGCACGAAAGUCUUAGCAAUCAAAUCCCCACGCUUUAUACCUGCUAUAUUUUCUGUUUAGUUUGUAAUUAAUUCUAAUACACAUUUAAUACAAAUGGAAAUAUGUUUACUGAUAAUGGUUACCACACAUACAUAUAUAUAUAUAUUUAUUUCAAUAAAUAUUUGAACAGUUUAA